CUUAUGCAAAUUCCUAAUUAACAUGGUACCAAUCCUGAAGACCUUAAAAUUACGAGAGAUGUAAUUGUUUCAAUGAAUUUAGGAAUUCAAAAAAAUAGAAAAGGCAAUGAAAAAGCCUGAAUUCGCCGAAUUGAUGGGUGAUUACAUGAAGGAAAUAUCAGAUCCGAAAAAUAGGGAAGAAUAUGAUUAAUAUUUGAAAUAAUUGGAACGAGAAUCAGAAUUGCCAAAAGGCAUGAAGUUGAUCAAACCUGAACCUCAUUUUUGUGUUAAGACAACUAUUUGGAAUAAACAAAAUAGAAAGCAUGAAUAAAAAGUAAGGAAUUUAAUCUAUAAUUUAAGUUUUUUAUUAACAUAUGCUCAACUGGUGUUAUCGAUAAGCCAUAGUCAGAAACAAUCACAUAAAAUGGAUAAACUGGACAAAAUUGGAAAAUCCCCUAUUCCAUUGGUAAAAUCAGAUAUGAUCAAGACAAAAGUAAUACUCCACAUUUAAUUUAGAGCAAAAUGUAUGCAAUACCGUUGAUGUAGCCUUUCAUCCAAAUACAAUAGGUUUAUGUUACAAGAUGAUAAAUUUUAAAAACCUAGUUUGUUCAACAGCACUUGAAGCAUCAAGCAAACAACUUGGAGAAAGGAAUGAAGAAAUAAGCAAAGAUUUUAAGGUUCUAAAACAUACAAAAUGCAAAGGAGGUGAGCCAGCUCUACUUCCUGUAAGGAUUGAUAAAAAGGGAAAACUUACAAACGAAUUAGAUAGUAGAUAAGGAGGUUAAGCUAAUGCUUAAACAAAAUUAUAAAAGGACAUCAACUAGAUGAGAGAGGAGAAUGAUAAGAUUAAGGAAGAGGAGAAAUUAAAAUAAUAGUAAUAAAAAGAACAAUAAGCAGAAGAGGAAGAGGAUAUUAAGAAGGAAUCUGAUGAGAUAGAAUCUACAGCUGUUUCAAGACCAAAAUAUAGAUUUAUUUAUUCUUAUCCUGUUGAAUACAGUGACUUCUUAGAUUCUAGAGCCAAUAUGUCUAUUAAAUUACCAAAUUAAUUAGCAUGUGAAUUGAAAAUGUAGAAAGUAGAAGCUAUGAAAGAAAUUCAAUUGGAUCUCAGCAAUCAAGCACUUGUUUUAGAUGUGCCAAAUAAGUACUUUUUGGACAUUAAAUUACCUUAUCCUAUAGAAUAAAGUGAAGCAUCAGCAAAAUUUGAUGCAAAAUCAAAGACACUGAAGAUUAGAGCUCCUAUAUCUAAAGAUUAUUUAAAGAUCAAAUAUUAAGAGGAAAUUGAUAGAAUUAAGCAAGAAUAAGCCACAUCUCAGAACGAUGAGAAUGAGGAACCUGAAAUUAAAUAAGAAAUUUAGAUUAAGUUCAUCCCAUAGGAACCUGAGGAAUAACAAAUCCAAGACUAAAAGGUUCUUGUAGAGGAAAUUGGUUCUUCUGAAAAUAAGGAUCAAUAAAAUCAAGAAAUAGAAAUAUAAGAAGAAAAAUAGUAAUUUAUUAUUUAAUUUUAGAGAGAACUUUUAAUAAUUAACAUUCAAUCAAAGAUAGGAAGGAAAACUAUUAUUUUUAAUAAUUCGUAUUAAAGGGUACAACAAAGCAGAACUAUUGAUAGAAUAUGAUGAAAAUGAUCUUUGCAUUUUACAAAAGUAAGUAGUAGAUCAAAUUGUCACAAAUCAAUUUUUGCAUUUGAAACUCCAAAACAACUCUGAUUCAUAAGUCGCUAUCGACUAUGUAACAGAUUUUGUUAUCUUAAAAUUCGAAAGUAGAAAUGAAGACAAUAUAAUUUAAAUAUAGGAACAAUGUAAAUAUAAUUAAAUAUUAAUUAUUAGAGUAUGCAAAUAUACCAUAUUCAUAAUUUUAAGAAAAGUUAACAGAAUUAAGAGAGAAAAGACUGAUAAAAUAACAACAGCAGUAAUUGGAGCAAAGUAACAGUUAAGAAUUAGAGAUUCCUUAUUCAAAAGAAUAACAAUAACAACCUGAUAAAUAAAAAAAGAUAGAAUAUGUAGAAUAACACAACGAUGAAGACGAUUAACCAGAGUUAAAAGUAGAAAGUCAACAAACUCUAAUCAAUAAUUAUCAAUAGAGAAGAAACAUUCAAUUUUUACGAUUUUAAGAGAUAAUGCCAGAAAUAUUUGAGAUUGAUUGA